AUGGUUGAAGGCUCUGAGAUGGACGUGCACACCCACCCCAGGGAGAGUGCGGAGCCCAGUGCCUUCACCAUCUUUGUUGACUCGCGGGCGGGCCGGGCAAGCAACCCGGCUGGGUCCUCGCUGGGGAGGCCCGGGGGCCGGGUCAGCCCAGGGGCCGUGCUGCAGAGCUCUGGGCUGGGUGAGGCUGGUAAGGCUGACGGUUCUCGGGCAGCUUGGACCAAGCUGAGCCUGUCUGCUGGCUGCCUGCAGCUGGAGCUCAGGAGGAGCGACUUCACCUCUUCUGGAAACAGGAAGCUCUUCUUUGACACCCACGCCCUGGUGUGCCUGUUCCAAGACAAUGGGUUUACGACUCAACAAGCAGAAGUCAUCAUGUCGGCGUUGGUCAAGAUCGUGGAGGCCAACAUGGACAUUGUGUACAAAGACAUGGUCACGAAGGUGCAGCAGGAGAUCACCCUGCAGCAAGUCAUGUCUAAUAUCGCCGCUGUGAAAAAGGAUAUGAUCAUUUUGGAGAAGAGUGAGUUUUCAGCCCUGAGAGCAGAAAAUGAGAAAAUAAAACUUGAACUGCAUCAGUUAAAACAGCAAGUAGUGGAUGAAGUGCUCAAAGUCCGGACAGAUACCAAAUUAGACUUCAAUCUAGAAAAGAGCAGAGUGAAAGAGCUGUACGCGCUGAACGAAAGGAAGCUGCUGCAGUUGAAGACAGAAGUGGUGGAACUGCACGCCCAGCAAGAUCGGGCCCUCACCCAGACCGACAGGAAGGUAGAGACCGAGGUCGCGGGCCUCAAAACCAUGCUGGAGGCGCACAAGCUUGACACCGUUAAAUAUUUGGCAGGGUCUGUAUUUACGUGCCUAACAGUAGCUCUGGGAUUUUAUCGCCUUUGGAUGUAAUAAACUGCCUAUUUAAAGAGAUUUCUAGGGUUUUGCCUUAAGAAUACCAGUGCAUUGCCUCUUUUUUUUUUUCUUCUGUUUCAAAUUUUAAAACUGAUUUCGGCUUCAUGCAUAUCUUUAUGCAAGUGAUGGUCGGGGAACCAAGGUGUGGAUGUCAGGAACUGGGCAGUCAUUCCUUGCAUCUCUCCUGUCCGUGACUCCAUCACUGGGUGGUGUGGACACCGCAUUGACAACGCCACUCAGCGAGCCGUGGACUGGGUCUCACCCGUGGUGCCCACCGACACCAAAUGUUUCUACAAGUCUCUACUACUUUGAAACAGAGAAGAUUUGGUCAUCUCCACUUAAAGGGCAUACUGACUUCAAUAAGUACCGAAGAAUUACCAAACUAAACCAGGAGCACCAAGUCCUCCUCACCUACCCACCCUCACACUGCUGACCCGGUACCAGAGUACUGCUUACUUCAGCUGCAGUCUACAGCGAACAGCGGUUUUGGCUUUGGGGUUGGGUGGGUGGUUGGUUUGGUGUUUUUAUUUCCAUUGUCCUAGUAAGCUCUGUUACGGUUAUUUUGAUGUGCCGUCCUGCUAGAAAAUCUUGUUGCCUGAUGACGCUCUGGUUGCAAUGGGGACUCUGUCUGACCUCCUAGAACGUGGCAUUCCCCUCCGCCCUCCCAUGGCUGGGUUGCCUGCCUGCUCAGCACGGUGCUCCGUGAGGUCUGGCUUGCUGGACAGCCUGCCUCGUCCCGGCGUCACCCGCUCUCUGACAAGGGAGCAGGCACUCGGCCGCACCUGGGGCUCUGACGCACACGCCUCUGCCUGCAACCAGCUGCCGUGGGCUCUGCGAACCAGACCCGGGGGCUGUCACGGCCGUCACCGCCCCAAUGGCGGCGGGUUUUCUCGUCCCUACCCUAACUACCUCUGUGUUAAGACACGUCGUCCUCCGUCCCGCUGGGGUGGCCGUGGAGACGCGCGUGCCCGUCUGAUUCACGCGAGAGGCGCGUGGGCGAGAGCAGGUGUGAGAGAAGCGGACGCUGGUGGAGCCUGCCCAUGCUGCUCCGUGCACGCGCGUGUGCGCGCAGCCUGGCGCCCUGACCACCCUGGGAGAGUAAGUAGGUGCCCACUGCCACGGUUCCCGCCACACUGGCUAGUAAGUGCCCACCGCCACGGUUCCCGCCACACUGGCUUAAAGUUACCUUUGCUCUGUGGGGUCCGCUCUAGAUUCUGGGACGUGCUAAGUCGGCGCCUUUUUUGGAAGCAUUUGUGUCGUCCGGAGAGUCACGGUGCGAUGUGACGUGGACAUCGGGUACUCGUAGUCUCAGCGGUAGUGAGACUUGAUCUGCUGCAAGUCCGUCAGGGCGGUCGUAUCCUGUGGGCGUCUGCUUCUCUUUCAAAGGAGAGCCCUCGGCGGAGCUGCGUGCGCGGCGGCUGCCUCGGGUGUAGACGGAGCGUGAGGGGCGUCGCGCCGUCCUUCGCUGCGGCGCGGGGACACAUCUGAGGUGCCCACUGCUGUCUGUGAGCACCCCCUGCUCUCUGAGGCGCCCCCUGCUGGCGUGAGGUGCCCACUGCUGUGUGUGAGCGCCCCCUGCUGUCUGAGGCGGUGCGGGGCAUUCGCUGAGGAUCGGCCGCGUCCUCCCGCCACUUCGCUGGGGCUUGGAUUGUGCUGCAGAGUUCUCCGCGGUACUGUGCCGCCUUUUUCUUUUUUCUGGUCUUGGGAACAAUGGAGGGUCCUUCUGAUGGCGUGGGUGGGUGGGACGCAGGCCCGGAAGCUAAGGGUGGGUGCAGGGCCCCGCUUCUGGCCUCAGGGCCUGUGUGUGGAGAGCGCUGAGCGGGAAGCACAGGUGCAUCUGGCCCAGCCGUCCCUGAGCGGGGAGAGCGCCCCUGGCCGCCGAGACUGGAGCCGGGCGUGGCGGCGGGGGCCGCCUGUGUGUGUGCAGCACGCUGCAGCCGCCCUGGGCAGAGCCUGGCGUUGCCUUCCCGGCACGGGUCGCCCUCCCUGCCCCUGCCCCUGCCCCGCCCCCGGCCUCUCUCAGGAGUCUGGGCGCCAGGUCCGCGCCCUUCCUGCCCCCUUGAUAAGCAAAACCCGCUCUGGGCAGCUCUGCUGCGGAGCCUGCCCGGGCCUCGGUGCCGGCGGGCGCCUCGGGCGGUUCUCGGCGCGCAGUCCGGCUCGACGGGGCCGGGAAGGGUCGGUCUGUGCCCUGGAAGUGUGCCCGGCUCCGCAGUUGGGAAGCCACGGGUUCCGGAAGGCAGGCGUCACUCACACCGGGAGCCUCGCUGCACUCCGUCUCCUGAACAACUGAGCCGCGGCCGGCGGUCCGCACGUGCCCUGUCGGCUCCUCGGUCCGCACGUGCCCGCGCCGUCUGUCGGCCCCUCUACCGCCUUUCCCUCCGCACCUGCGCCCCGCACACUGUCCCCUCUGUCCCCUGUCCCCUGCCCCCGGCCUCCCUGGGGCAGCCUCGCCCCACCCUCGCAGGCUGUGUUCUCGGAAUCGUGCAGCAGGUAGACGUCUCGUCUCACGGCUGGAGGACUCGGACGUUAGCUCGAGUUCAAUCAAACUUGCCGCAGCUUUCCUGGCACUAAACGCAAAACCGUGUGAACCAGCAAUACUCUGUUCUCUCUAUGAAAUGUUUGAGAAUGCCUAGUGUUUUAUUGGAAUUUUAUUCAAGAAAUAUUUAUCGUUUCACAGAUACAUGUUUAUGUUCCUUUGAUUAGAACCCAAAUCAUUUUAACCAUUGUAUUAAAUAUUCAAUUACAUUUUAUUUACUAA